UCGAGUCGUGCUCCGCGGGCGUAUAAUGCCCUCAUUAAGCCGGCCCGGACGAAAAAAUAGGGGAGCAGCCGCCACGCUAUGCCAGUGCCAGUGUUCGCUUGUGGCGUAGUUCGACCAAAUAACUGAGCCACACGAUUAACUGAUCUCAGGCUUGAGCCGUACUACAGUAGAGUUGUUUGGCGAACAUCGAACUUAUCCGUUCCCCGCGCAGCAUUUUCGAGCGUCCUGGACACGGCCACAUUCUCGCUGAGCAUUGGCAACGGGUAAAGUGCGCAAUGGCAGAUGAUGAACUAGCACAAAUCCGAGCCGCGAGGCUUGCCCAGCUCAAGCAGCAGCAAGGUCGAGGCGGCUCAGGUGACACGGGCGACGAGGAAGAACAGAGGCGGAAACAAGAAUCAGAAGCCCGAUCCUCCAUCCUCUCUCAGAUUCUCGAACCGGAAGCCGCCGACCGAUUGGGGAGAAUACGAAUGGUCAAAGAGUCACGAGCAACCGACGUGGAGAACAGACUGAUCAUGCUGGCACGGUCAGGCCAGUUACGGCAGAAAGUUACGGAAGAUCAGCUUAAGGAUAUGCUUGCCAGUUUAUCGGAGCACGAGAAGCAGACGGGGCACGGCGUGGAAAGUGUCAAGGUGGUGCGCAGAGGCGGCUGGGACGACGACGAUGAUCUGGAUGACCUGCUAAAGGAGGCUUGAGAGCUCUUUGUUGUCGGACAAGGCAGCCGAAAAGAAAAACAAUCAUGCGACUGAUACCCCUGACAUUAUGGUUUGCUAUUAAUACAUCCGCGAUCACGCCUGUUGUGCAUCAGAGACAGUGCUGGUGCUGCUCUUCAUCAAAGCUGCCUCUUUCGCAGCCUUUGCUGCUCGACGCUCAUCCCUCAAUUUACGCCUGAUCGCUCGCAGGUCUGGAGGCUGUUCGAUCCCAAGACGAUUUCGCAGAUCUGCGACGUCUGUUUCUAGCUCUUCCUCCCAAUAUACAUUGAUCAGAUCCUUGCUCCGCCAGCCGUUUGCAAAUGCCCAAGGCAAGAAGAUCUCAAACAUGCGCUGUCGCUCCGCCGGCUUGAGUCUGGUGAUGGCAGCCAGACUCAGUCCAGUCAUUGGCAAGCCUGUGUUGGCGAACUCGAAUGCUUUCAGCCCGACCUCGCCUUCGACCCAGACUGGAAGUCCCGUCACCGCAUGGUAGAAGUCGUGGCAUUCCCGAUAUCUCUGCAUCACGUAUGCCUCCUCUUCGUCGUCAAUGUACCGAACCGGAUCCCUUGUGUCGGGCGUGACGCCUUCACGAUCCAACCAAGCCGCAUAUGUUCUUCCCACGCUAUUUUCUGGCAACUUCCGCAGUUUCUCCAAAGGCAUGGUCGUUGACGUGAUUCGGGGCCGAUCGCGUAGAAUUCGGCGUCCGGUGGGAUCGGAGAGCAUCCGGUUUCGUAGCCAAGUAAUGAAGAAAGGCUGAGCUGUCGCCUCUCCCAGCGCAGCUAUCAUGUCAUGGCGGUAUGGGUUUAGCAGCGACGUGACAGCGCUGCCGACCGCCAGUCCUAACCGCUCGACGCGGGUGAGAGGAACAUGGCCUGGGUAGUUUGGUGGAGGACGAUUGAGGACCGAGAAGGAACGUCGAGAUGCUGAGUUCGGGUGCAAUGUAUCUCGUUGCGAGCGAGGACGAGCACAGCUGGCGCAUAGUGGCUGGGAAACUCGCAGUAUAGAGGAGAGCAAGAGCAAAUCUUGUUGUCUGCUGGGUGAUAUCCUCAUGUUGGGCCGAUAUGUUCAGCGUGUCUUCACCGAUCACAAAACUUCUGCUGCAUUGGUGUUAAAGGCCGUUCCUCAUGCGAAUUGACACAGUUUUGUCAGGCU